AUAGAUAAAACGGGAAAAGCUCGAGCAAAAUAGAUAACCCGGUCCGCUGCCACACUUUUUAGAGUCUGGAUGAAACGAGUGGCUGUACUCGUCAGCUUCUUCCAAUAUUAGAACAGAGGACACUGCGUGCCCAUGGCCGCCACCGGAGCUUUCUUCUCCCACUACAUCCAUGGCGAACUCAAUCACAGCCAUAGUCUCUAGCUCUUCUCUCUUCUUCUGCAAUUUCACAAAACCCACUUCGAGAAUUAGGGUUAGGGCGUUCAGUGCAAUGGCCGUGAGCGCCAAUGUGGUUCCCGCCAUCAUCGUCGGAGGUGGGCGUGUGGGCAGAGCAUUGCAGGACUUGGGUGCCGGCAACGAUGUUUUGGUGAGGAGGGGUGAAUCCGUGCCGCUUGAUUUCCCCGGCCCUGUCUUGGUCUGCACGAGGAACGAUGAUCUCGAAGCCGUUCUUCAGUCCACUCCGCAGUCUCGCUGGGACGAUUUGGUUUUCUUCCAGAAUGGGAUGCUGGAGCCAUGGCUUCAAAGUAAAGGUCUGAAUGAUGCAGGCCAAGUGUUGGCAUAUUUUGCUGUAUCAAAGCUCGGUGAGCCUCCUGUUGAUGGGAAGACUGAUGCCAAUCCUGAAGGGUUGACCGCAGCAUAUGGGAAAUGGGCAUCAGCACUAGCUGCUAGGUUGCAUGCUGGAGGCCUUUCUUGCAAGGUUCUAGAGAAGGAAGCCUUUGAGAAACAAAUGUUGGAGAAGUUGAUAUGGAUUGCUGCGUUCAUGCUUGUUGGAGCUCGCCGUCCUGGAGCGACUGUAGGUGUUGUAGAGAAGGAAUACCGAUCUGAGGUGUCUAGGCUCAUAGCUGAACUUGCAGCUGCAGCUGCAGCAGAAAAAAGCAUAGUAUUUGAAGCUGCCAUGGAGGAUAGAUUAUGUGCUUACUCACGGGCAGUCUCCAACUUCCCAACGGCUGUUAAGGAGUUCAAGUGGAGAAAUGGCUGGUUUUAUUCGCUCUCUGAGAAGGCAAUUGCAGAAGGGAAACCUGAUCCAUGCCCCCUACAUACAGCAUGGCUUAAAGAAUUGAAAGUUGUCUGAAGUACGAACAUUUUGUGUAGAGAUGGACCAAAAGUGUUUGUUGCUUGGCAACCAAUGCCGUUCAAGUUGAAAUCCAUCAUGUUCCUUUACUUUCAUGUAUUUUCAGCACUUCUAUGACUCACAUUGACCCUCCGAUUGAGAGCACUUAAAAAAAAAGUGCUUAUAGCACUUGAGUUUUU